AUGCAGCCACCAGCCACCCCAAGGGUGCUGAAGGCCGUCAUCCAUCCAGUGCAGGAGUGCUUCUUGCGGGCUAAGAGCGAAGGCACCAAGCGCGCAAGGGGUGCGUGUGCUGUGGGCAGGUGGUGCGCAGCCGGCAAACGGCACGUGCCGUUCGUCAUGGCGGCAGCACAAGCACAAAGGGCCCCGGACAUCCGCUACUCUGAUGUGGCCAGAUAUGUGGGCCUGUCGUUGAUGAAGGAUCCACCACGGCCGAAGUCGCAGGUCCGGCUGGACCCACUGAAGGAGGUGGCAGCCCCACGCAUAUUGGCAUUGCCUCCGAGCGGAGCCAAGGACGAACAGGUGGAUCGCAUGAAAACGCAACUGGCGUGGCUCAAAGCCCAGCAGAAGGCGGAGAAGGAAGAGCUCCACAGGCUCGAGACUUGCCUCUCUGACUCCAUGCUGCUGGAGAGGAAGGUGCACAAGAAAACGGUCAAGGACCGGGAGAAGUUCGAGUUCCACCAGAAACAUGCAGCUCAAGUCACCGAGCAGAUUCAAGCUCUUCAGGCUGCGUUGCAGGAAGCCUCCAGAAAGCCUGAGGUCAAUGUGCAGGUCACCAGCCCUGCAAGACCGCCAGGGUCGGAGGCUGGCAGGAGCAAUGAAUUGCAGCCUGCAGAUGAGAAGCCUGCAAGUGAGCUGCGAUCGCAGACUGCGCCAGAGCUAGACCGCAAACGGGUCGACGUGGUAGAGGAAGAGCCAGAGGUUCAUGUCGAGGACUCGCACAUUACCCUCAAGGAAUAUUUCGAUGCUGCUGAUCAGCGACAGAAGGAGAAGGAGGCAAAGCUAACGCAGGCGCAACUGAUGAGCGCAUCUGCGAGAUCACAGAACUCUUCGGCGAUGCGGAGCACCUUCCACAGCACGAAUCAGAGUGGCUUCUUCCGGCGGCCGCAGCUGAGCCCGGAGGAGCUCGCGCUGCGGCGGGAGGAGCAUCGUCAGGCGAUCCGACGUGAGCUUAUAGAAAGAUGCGGGGGCGCCCCACGUGCAGCCUUCAAGAAGCUGGACUUGAAUGGCAGCGGCAAUAUCAGCUCGCAAGAGUUCGCGGAUGGAGUUGGAAGGAUCGGUGUGAACUGGCAAGCCAUCACUGGUAUGCAGCGAUCCAGAGAUCUCUUCCAGCUGUUCGACGUGGACAAGGAUGGAGUCAUCAUCUUCAAGGAGUUGUUUCCGAACCUUGAUGACAAGGAGCCUGAGCGAGUGAAUACGCCAGAUUUCUGGAAGAAAUGGACGCUCCAGAAGUGUGAUGUUGAGAAUGCGAGAGACCCAAAGUGGCAGCCGCAGACCCCAGAGGCAGAAUUGGAGCAGCUCUUCAACACCUCGGAAAGCCACGAAAAUGCAGCGCAGCUUCGAAAGUGGAUGGGCGCCACGAUCCGGCGCCUGAAGAACAGAGGUAAAAGCGAUGCGCGCUGCCGAGAGAUCGUGGCCGCCCACUUGCCUCGUGGUACUGGGCCAAAGGACCGCGAGGAUGUGCAGACCUUCAGCUCUGCUGAAGUCAAGCUUUGCAAGAAGACAUACAACGACGAGGUGAACGAUCCUGUGCGGAACAUACAGAAGGUGUUCUAUGACAUGCGAGAGCAGCGGCGCGUCCUGCACGACUCGCGGCAGAAGCUUUGGAUGGUGACCAUGGCACCCCUGGAGCGUGCGAAGUUGGAGGAGGACAGGAAGUCUGCAGCUGCAGCGGUGGGCCUCUCGCUGGGCGGCCUCGGGGGCGGUGGCCCCAGCAGCGGCAGCACCAAGGAGCCAGCUGAAGCCCCUGCACAGGCAAAGAAGUCUCUGAAGGUCAUCGCUCAGCAGAGCAAAAUGGACGAAGAUGCCAUCGAGUUCCUACACAAGGAGUUCGCGGCUCAAGCUGACAAAAGCGACCUGAUCCUGAAGAAGGGCUUUGCGCGGCUGCUCAAAGGUCUUUGCCUCGGCCGCACCAUCUCGGAGAGCGAUAGCAACUACUGGUGGGAGCAGGCGCUGCGUACCAUGCCGCCUCCCGAGGAUGGCCGCAAGGCGCAGGUCUUGGACUUUGAGCGCUUCGCCAUGUGGUAUUCGACAUCGGAGGCACGUACUGUUUGA